GCACAUAUUAUAAAUAGAAUCCUAGUUAUAGAGAAUUAGGGGGAACAGAUUUGCCAAUUUCUUCCCAUCUCAAACUCCUCCUCCUCUGCGAAUUUGUCUCACAUUAUAUUCUUGCUUCCCUCUCUCCCUUUAUAACACUGUUCCUCCGUAGAGAAUCGGAGAUCAAAACCCAUUGCCCCAUUUCUUCUCAGGAAUCGCUUUUCUUGUUUGUUAUUUCAUUCCAUCGAGUGGGGCAUUCUAUCUGAGUUCGAUUCCGAUUCUUUCUUCUCAAGAGCAGAGGGUAUUGAAGACUUGAUCGAAGAUGUUGGGGAGCUUGCUUACCAGAUGUCUCAUUUUGUCUUUUGGGUAUGCAUACCCUGCAUUUGAGUGUUACAAAAUCGUGGAGAAGAACAGAGUUGAGAUUGAAGAACUCAGGUUUUGGUGUCAAUACUGGAUCAUUGUGGCAAUGCUUACAGUUCUUGAAAGGCUUGGAGAUGUAUUCGUUUCAUGGCUGCCCAUGUAUGGUGAGGCGAAGGUUGCCAUUUUCAUCUAUCUUUGGUAUCCAAAAACCAGGGGAACUGGGUACAUAUACAAGACCCUGUUGAGGCCAUAUGUAUCGAAGCACGAAAAAGACAUUGACGGGAAAAUAAUGGAGAUGAGAGCAAGGGUGUGGGAUCUCAUCGUUUUCUACUGGCAACACUUCGCCCAUUACGGCCAGACUGCUUUCUUCCAGUUCCUUGGCUACAUGGCUGCUCAAUCCUCCAAAAUGACCAAAGCCGCAGCCGAGCCUAUGAAUGAGCAGUCGAAUGGCGGCACAGGCAAAGAUGAGUAAUUGAUUGGUAGAGAGGAAUAGUUUCACACAAAAAUUGUACAGGUCCCUGAAAGUGGAUCAAGAACUGUGUCUCUGAAAAUCCAAAUACAUAUUCAAUUCAAAUUCAAAUUC